GUGCGGAUCAUCAGUUGAGUUCAGGACGAUCACAGUUUGACCAUACGUGAUCAGAAAGCAUCAUCACUGUAGCCGCUGCAUGUAAAUCAAACGCAUAAACAUUGUGGAUUUGAUCUGUAUGUGAUGUGAAGUCCCCGGAUCUGAAUCAUGUCAAGCGGUCAGGACGAGAGCACAGUCCGUGUGGCGCUCAGGAUUCGUCCUCAGCUGGCAAAGGAGAAGAUUGAAGGAUGUCACAUCUGUACGUUUGUGACGCCGGGCGAGCCACAGGUGGUUUUGGGAAAGGAUAAAGCCUUCACGUAUGAUUAUGUUUUUGACAUGGACUCAAUGCAGGACAGUAUCUACGCCAACUGCACUGAGAAACUCAUCGAAGGGUGUUUUGAGGGUUACAAUGCCACAAUCUUCGCAUACGGACAGACAGGGUCAGGGAAGACAUAUACAAUGGGCACAGGGUUUGACAUGACUAUAUCAGAUGAAGAGCUGGGCAUCAUCCCGCGAGCGGUCAGUCAUCUGUUUAAAGGCAUCGAACAGAGACGACAGACAGCAGCAGAUCAGGGCCGACCCGUCCCAGAGUUCAAAAUCAGUGCACAGUUCCUAGAGUUGUAUAAUGAAGAGGUGUUGGAUCUCUUUGACAACACUCGUGAUAUGGAGAUGAGGAAACAGAAAUCUCACAUUAAAAUCCAUGAGGACGCCAGCGGCAGCAUCUACACUGUCGGGUUGACCACGCGCACCGUCUGCUCAGAAACAGAAAUGAUGCAGUGUCUGAAGCUGGGCGCUCUCUCUCGCACCACCGCCAGCACACAGAUGAACGUACAGAGUUCACGCUCACACGCCAUCUUCACCAUACACAUCUGCCAAGUGCGAGUUUGUGAGCCUGCAGAAAUUUCUGCAGAUCAGGACAGUGAGACAGACAAUAGACUGGCCAACAACUCAUCUGAGAUGGAGGAGUUCGAGACACUCACGGCCAAGUUUCACUUUGUGGAUCUGGCCGGAUCGGAGCGGCUCAAGAGGACUGGAGCUACAGGAGACCGGGCCAAGGAGGGCAUAUCCAUUAACUGUGGACUGCUGGCAUUGGGGAAUGUCAUCAGUGCAUUAGGAGACAGAAGCAAACGAUCGACGCAUGUGCCUUACCGAGACUCCAAGCUUACUCGACUUCUUCAGGAUUCACUGGGAGGAAACAGUCAUACAGUGAUGAUCGCCUGCAUCAGCCCGUCAGAUCAGGACUUCAUGGAAACCCUCAACACACUGAAGUAUGCCAACAGAGCUCGCAACAUCAAGAACAGGGUGAUGGUGAACCAGGACAAGGCCAGUCAGCAGAUCAGCGUGCUCAGGACGGAGAUUGCUAGACUACAGAUGGAGCUCAUGGAGUACAGAACGGGGAAGCGUAUGGUUGGAGAAGAUGGGCUCGAAAGCAUCAAUGACAUGUUUCAUGAGAACUCCAUGCUGCAGAUAGAGAAUAAUAAUCUGCGCAUGCGUGUGAAGGCUAUGCAGGAAACUAUAGACGCUCAGGGCGCCCGGCUUACACAGCUGCUCAGUGAACAGGCCAAUCAGGUGCUCGCCAGAGCAGGUGAAGGCAGUGAGGAGAUCGGAAAUAUGAUUCAGAAUUACAUCAAGGAAAUUGAAGAUCUGAGAGCUAAGCUUCUGGAGAGUGAAGCAGUGAAUGAAAACUUGAGAAGGAACCUCACACGAGCUUCCAGUCGUCCACCAUUCUACGGAAACUCUGGAGCGUUCUCUCCCGCUUUGCUGGGGGCCGACCUGAGCCAAGACACUAGCGACAUCAUUGAAAUCGCCAAGAAAGACCUGGAGAAACUGAGGAGGAAAGAAAAGAGGAAAAAGAAGAGUGCCAACAAAGAUGAAACACUCGACAGUGAACAGAAGAUCAGUGAGAGAGAGACGUCACAAACAGCCAAUCAAGAGCCAGAGAUGGAGGGCAGUGACCGUGAGGAGGGAGAUGGAGAAGAGGAGGAGGAGGUGGAUGAAGAGGAGCUGGAUGUGGAGGAGAGCUCUGAGGAGUCUGAUUCUGAGCUGGAUGAGAAAGAGGACUUCCAGGCAGAUCUGGCCAACAUCACGUGUGAGAUCGCCAUCAAGCAGAAGUUAAUCGAUGAACUGGAGAACAGCCAGAGACGCCUGCACACGCUCAAACAACAGUAUGAACAGAAACUCAUGAUGCUGCAGUGUAAGAUCAGAGACACACAGCUGGAGAGAGACCGAGUGCUGCAGAAUAUGGGCUCUGUGGAGACGUGUUCGGAGGAUAAAGCCAAGCGUAUAAAGUCUGAAUAUGAGAAGAAACUGAGUGUGAUGAAUAAAGAGCUGCAGAAGCUGCAGGCGGCACAGAAGGAGCACGCUCGCUUACUGAAGAACCAAUCACAGUACGAAAAACAACUGAAGAGACUCCAGCAGGACCUGACUGAAAUGAAGAAAACCAAAGUGCGUCUGAUGAAGCAGAUGAAGGAGCAGCAGGAGAAGAGCAGGAUGGCAGAAUCCCGCAGAAACCGCGAGAUCGCCUCACUCAAGAAAGACCAGCGCAAACAAGAGCAUCAGCUGAAAAUUCUAGAAGCUCAGAAGAGACAACAGGAACUCAUUCUGCGCAGAAAAACAGAGGAGGUGAGUGCUCUGAGGAGGCAGGUGCGACCCUUAUCAGGAAAGGUCACACGAAAGGUCAAUAUGCCAGAGUCAAGUCAGGAUGUCUCUUACAGACCGCCCGCAGGUCGAACUUACUUGAGUUCAGGAGCAACUAAUGGAACCAGAUUAUACCAGCGCAGGUCGGUUGGCAUUUACUCCACCCGUGUAGCUCGUGGCAAAUGGCAGAGCCUGGAACGACGUGUCUCUGAUAUUAUCAUGCAGCGCAUGACCAUUUCAAACAUGGAGACAGACAUGAAUCGCCUUCUAAAGCAACGUGAAGAGUUGACACGGAGACGGGACAAGAUCAUCAGAAAGAGAGAGAGACUGCUGGCGGACGAGCCAGAGGACGAGAAAGCCAUUCAGACACUGAAUGAAGAGCUGGAGUCGCUGCUGGCGAACAUAGACUACAUUAAUGACAGCAUCACUGACUGCCAGGCCAACAUCAUGCAGAUGGAGGAAGCCAAGGAGGAGGGUGACACUGUCGAUGUCUCAGCUGUGAUUGGCUCCUGCACUCUGGCUGAAGCCCGAUUCCUACUCGAUCAUUUCAUGUCCAUGGCCAUCAACAAGGGUCUUCAGGCAGCGCAGAAGGAAUCUCAAAUAAAGGUGAUGGAGGGCCGUCUCAAGCAAACGGAAAUCAAUAGUGCGACUCAAAACCAGCUGCUCUUCCACAUGCUCAAAGAGAAGGCUGAGGUUAACCCAGAACUGGAUGCUUUGCUGGGGAACACUCUGCAAGAACUAGGUAACAUGCCCUUGGAAAAUGUUGAUGACAGUAGUAGCGAUGAGUCGACCCAGAGUUCUGCAGUGGAAGGACAGACUCUGGCAUCAGACCUCAUGAACCUAUGUGGAGAGACUAAAUCUAGGACUAAGGCCCGGAGAAGGACCACCACUCAGAUGGAGUUACUCUAUGUGAACAACUGUGACUCUGGUCCGGACACACCCACAAAAGAUUUGUCCAUCCCUCUACACACAAUGGCUGAGACAUCUGAGGGAGUUAUAGACAUGGAGUCUGCUGGAAAUACAGUUAGAGACCGGGACUACAUGCUCCCUCCUGUUGGCAUGUCCUCUAGAAUGGAAAGCAUUAGCAGCUCUGGCAACAGACUUCCAACAGUUGGGCAAAAGAGAGUGCCAGAACCAUCCCCUCUGUCCCGCAGGAAGACGUAUGAAAAGGGACAGGCCCUGGCUGACAAGGCCAAAGCCAAAGAGAUCAUACAAGGUGUGAUCAACCCUGUUCCAGUGUGGAAGAGCAGUCGCGGCAGUUCUCUGCAGUGUGUUCAUAUAGCUGAGGGUCACAGUAAAGCCGUUUUGUGUGUCGACUCCACCGAUGACCUCCUCUUCACGGGAUCUAAAGACCGGACGUGUAAGGUGUGGAAUCUGGUAACAGGGCAGGAGAUCAUGUCUCUUGGUGGACACCCCAACAACGUGGUGUCAGUGCGGUACAGCUCCAGUGUGGUGUUCACCGUCUCCACCUCCUACAUAAAAGUCUGGGACAUCCGUGACUCAGCCAAAUGCAUCCGCACACUCACUUCAUCAGGUUUGGUGAACACUGGUGACACGUGUGCAGCCAGUACUAACCGCACUGUGACCAUACCUGCCGGAGAGAACCAAAUUAACCAGAUCUAUCUGAACCCGCCUGGAACCGUUCUGUACGCCGCUGCGGGAAACUCUGUGCGCAUGUGGGACCUGAGACGGUUUGUGUCAACGGGUAAGUUAAUGGGUCAUCUGGGUCCAGUCAUGUGUUUGACAGUUGAUCAGACUGGUAAUGGACAGGAUCUGGUGAUCACAGGCUCAAAGGAUCACUACAUCAAGAUGUUUGACGUCUCAGAAGCUGCUGUGGGGAGCAUCAGCCCCUCUCAUAACUUUGAGCCACCUCACUAUGAUGGCAUCGAGUCGCUGGUAGUUCAGGGCGACUGUCUGUUCAGUGGCUCCAGAGACAACGGUAUCAAGAAAUGGGACCUGAGCCGCAAAGACCUGCUGCAGCAGGUACCGAACGCUCAUCGAGACUGGGUCUGUGCUCUGGGUGUUGUUCCUGGUUCCUCUGUCCUAUUGAGCGGCUGUAGAGGAGGAGUGCUCAAACUCUGGCACACGGACACUCUGAGUCUGCUCGGGGAGCUCAGAGGCCACGAGAGUCCCAUUAACAGUAUAUCUACUAACAGCACUCAUCUGUUUACCACAUCAGAUGACCGUACGGUGAAGAUCUGGCGUGCGAGGGGAGGUGUGGAUGGCACCACAGAUGUGACUGACACCGCUGAUGAGAGCGUCAGUAACUGACUGUUCCUUUAAUUGCAAACUACUGCAGCGUUACUAUGGUAACAUCGCUGCCAAAGACAUUUGCACUUUGACCCUAUCAAUUAAACCUGGAUAUGUACUCUUUGAUCUGCACCACAAACAUCCCAACAGAAUCUACUCAUGUCAGAAUCUGCUCGCAAGAGUUCAGUUCACAAAUACCAGGGCAUUGCUGAAGAUGUAAAGUCAACGUCACACGCUAAAUAAAGCUUUUUGUUCUUAAAAUAACCAUGCCAGCUCAGUUAAUUCUAACAAUCAUGGAAACGGCACUAAAAACAGACAUGGUGACGCCGAGUUCUGUCAGAACCGGAUCUUCUGUAGCUGGACUCAGUAUUCCUGUUCUCGGAAACAUACAGAACGUUGUGGAGCGGAAGAGAUGUCUGUGAACUAACUGGCUGAAUCUCACGAAACCUGGCAGUGGUCACAUUUCACCCCAAAAUCAAAAGAAAAAUAUAUUAACUAUUACAAGGAAACGCAAGACUAUAACGAGAGAACAGAAAAACUUUGUGAUGGGAUGCAAACUAUGGCGAGGGAACCUCAAACGUUUGUAAGGGAACGCAAAACUAUUACGAGGAAACAAAACAUAAUUCAAUGGAAUGCAAAACUUAUUGCGAGGGAGCGCAAAACUAUUGCGAGGAAAAUCUAAACAUAUUGUGAGGGAACACAAACUAUUGCAAAGGAGCCUCAAACCUUUGUAAGGGAAUGCAAAACUAUUACGAGGAAACAAAGCGUAAUUCAAGGGAACGCAAAACUAUUACGAGGAAACAAAACAUAAUUCAAGGGAACACAAAACUUAUUGCGAGGUAACAAUACAUAAUUCAUGGGAACGCAAAACUUAUUACGAGGAAACGAUACGUAAUUCAAGGGAACGCAAAACUUAUUGCGAGGAAACAAUACGUAAUUCAUGGGAACGCAAAACUUAUUGCGAGGGAGCGCAAAACUAUUGCGGAGAAACAAAAUACUUUUUGUGAAGGAACGCAAAACUGUUGCGAGGAAAAGCUAGACGGAUUGUGAAGGAACGCAAACUAUUGCAAGAGAGAGUCAAACAUUUGUAAGGGAGCGCAAAACUAUUGCGAGGAAACACUAUACUUUUGUGGAGAAACACAAAACUAUUGUAAGUAAAAGCUAAACGUAUUGUAAGGGAACGCAAACUAUUGCAAGGGAGCCUCAAACCUUUCUAAGGGAACGCAAAACUAUUACGAGGAAACAAAACGUAAUUUAAGGGAACGCAAAACUUAUUGCGAAGAAACAAUCUACUUUUGUGAAGGAACGCAAAAUUAUUGCGAGGAAAAGCUAAACGGAUUGUGAGGGAACGCAAACUAUUUGUAAGAGAAUGCAAAACUUAUUGUGAGGAAACAAAACUUAAUUCAUGGGAACUCAAAACUUACUGCGAGGAAACAAAACGUAAUUCAAGGGAACGCAAAACUUAUUGCGAGGGAGCGCAACACUAUUGCGAGGGAACAAAAAAAGUUUUGUGAAGGAACACGACUAUUGCGAGGAAAUGCAAAACUUAUUGUGAGGGAUUGCAAACGAUUGCGAAGGAACGCUAAACUUUAAGGAACAUAAAACGUGUUGAGGGAAUGCAAACUACCGUGAGAAAAUGCAAAACUUAUGGUGAGGGAAUGCAAAUUUUUGCGAGGGAACACUAAACUUUGUGGGGAAUGCAAAACUUAUUACGAGUGAGCAAAGCCUAUUGUGGGGGAACGCAAACUACAGUGAAGGAAUGCAAACUCUUGACUUGUUUCAUGUGAUGUCACUGUAUGACUGCGCCACCAUGUUCGUGGCCAAAAUUCCAUAUACCUUCAAAGUGCUGCGAUGUGGGAUGCGACAAAAGUCAGCAACAUUUUUUAGAUAUAAGAUAUGUGAUAAUUGAAACACAUUGAAAUAAAUUAAAAGCACUGUGAUGUCAAUAUGCAGUCCAAUAUAUUUCAUGUGUAUAUACUAAUGUUAGUCAAUAAACAACACAUCAUAAGUUUAUGAAGCACAGACUUUAUUUACACCACCAGACUACAAUGUAAACAUGUCUUAUACACUAAUAUACAUGCCUUGGUUGCUUUCUGUGAAUUCUUCAUGAGGUAAGAGCAGCUCUACAUUCAUACAGAUGGGAUCAUCACAGAUGUUUUGUAAUAUUGUGACCAAAACAUUUGUAUCUUCUGAUUUGAGAUAUUACGGUAUUGUACCGGUGUGCGUUAUUGUCACUGAUCACACAUCAGACUCACCGGCGUACAGAGGCGAAAGUUCAAUUUGGCAUUAUAUGUUCUGCCUUAAAACCUAUAUACACAUUUCCUGGGACUUGGAUCAAAAGCAAUUUUUGCUGUUUUUCUUGAAAUCGGUCCAUGGGUUUUCCAUUCACCCCCAUUGAUUCCUCCCGCUGUUGGUCACAAGUAUGGUGGCUGCGAGGAAAAAGUGACAUCACUAAAACAGGUCAAUUGCAAGAGAAUGCAAACUAUUGCGAGGUAAACCUAAACUUUUUGUUAGGGAACGUAAACUAUUACGAAGGAACACAGUGUUUAUUGCGAGGGAAUGCAAAACUAUUUAAAAAAAUUAAUUCCUUCCACAAUUUUGCGGUGAAAUUUGACUCAUUUUCGAGAGAAUCACCCAACUGAAAUCUCCAUGAUCUUAAUUGAACUUUAAUGUGGCUGGCUUCAGUGUGGCACCUGCUAAUUAUUUGGUGACCAAAGUGUGAAACCAUCUUAAUAGCUACAGUAAAAUCAACCAUAUACUGUAUCAAUAUUGAAGCUGUCUUUCACGUAUUACACAUUUCACAUUUGUUCUGUGUCGUUACCACUUUCCAUUAAAGGAAUAGUUUACCAAAAUAUGAAAAUCUGUUAUCAUUUAUUCACUCUCAUGUUGUUCCAAACCCAUAUGACUUUCUUUCCUCUGUGAAACUCAAAAGGACAAACAUUAGCCUUAGUCACCAUUCACUUUCAUUGUAUGCAAAAUGGUUGUCAGUCCCUAAAUCUCCUUUUGUUUGUUAACGGAAGAAAGAAAGAUAUAAGGGUUUGGAUCGGCAUGGGGGGUGAGUAAAUGAUGACAGAGUUUUCAUUUUUUAGUGAACUAUCCCUUUAAAUUCUAUUGGGUCUGUGUAGCAAACUAAUGAGCGCAUUAGAACUGUACUGUAUAUAAACUGUAUUCUCAUGUAAGAGGAGAAUGACUUGUGCCUGUAUCACUUAUGUACAACAGUGCUUUUUCCAAACCUGCUCUCUGCAGUCCACUAAACAUACUAGUUUACAUGUCAAAUUGUGUCUCAUGGCAUUGUGCUAGAUGUAAUAACACAUGAAGACUCACUUGAAAGUGUUAGUAGAUAAGUUCUGUUUAAUGUAGUUUUCAAACCACUCUUUGGCUUCCUGUAUUUAUGAUGUCCAGGAUUUUCACUGGAGGUUUAGUUGUUGAAACACAAUGAGCUACCCAAUAGUGAUUUGAAUGUCAGAUGCCAAUGGAAUUAAAUGUCAUCUGUCAAAACUA